AUGUCAAGCCGGAAGAAACUGUUGCUAACCUCGAAGCUUCGUAACAAGCGGCGUAAAUCCAAUUCCAAAUCCAAGAAACAAAGGCUCGUUCACGAUGAGCCUGAGUCUCUGUUUCCAGAGAGAGCACUAGAAGAGGAAGAAGAAGACUACGGAGAUGGGUUCAAGCUGAAAACUUCAGCUCCUUCGCGCGAGCAUGGAGUUCAACCUCUCGGAAACCUCUAUUUUGUCAAUCCUGGUUCUGUGAAUGUGCGAAACACUGGAUUAGGUAAUCUCCAGAUUUUGACGGAUGAGCUCGUUUUGGAUAUUCUAGGGCUUCUCGAUGCGACCCAUUUGGGUGUAUUGUCUUGUGUAACUAAAUCUUUCUAUGUUUUUGCAAAUCAUGAACCUUUAUGGAGAAAUCUAGUGUUAGAUAAGUUAAAAGGCGAGUUUUUGUUUACUGGGUCUUGGAAAUCUACUUAUGUAUCUGCCUCUUAUCCGAAGUUCAAGUUCUCUGGAGGAGCUGUUGAAUCGGUUUUGAAGAUUAGAGAUUUCUAUUCUGAUUAUCUGUUUCAGAGCUGGUUGUGUGCUAAUCUCGAAAUGAAACCGGAAUGGCUUGAAAGAGAUAAUGUAAUCCGUGUGAGAGGUAUUUCUGUUGAGGAGUUUAUUACGAAGUUUGAGGAACCGAAUAAGCCGGUUCUGUUGGAAAGAUGUUUGGAUGAUUGGCCUGCUAUUGAGAAAUGGUCAAGAGAUUAUCUGACUAAGGUGGUUGGGGAUGUCGAAUUCGCAGUCGGUCCAGUUGAAAUGAAGCUCGAGAACUAUUUUAUGUAUUCUGAUAGAGUUAGGGAAGAGAGGCCGUUGUACUUGUUUGAUCCCAAGUUUGCAGAGAAAGUACCGGUUUUGGAUUCGGAGUAUGAUGUUCCUGUGUAUUUCAGAGAGGACUUGUUUGGUGUUCUUGGCAAAGAGCGACCUGAUUAUAGAUGGAUUAUAAUUGGUCCAUCCGGUUCAGGAUCGUCUUUCCACAUUGAUCCUAACUCGACAUCUGCUUGGAACGCGGUGAUCACAGGGUCGAAAAAAUGGGUUUUGUUCCCACCUGAUGUGGUUCCUCCGGGCGUGCAUCCAAGCCCUGAUGGAGCAGAAGUGGCAUGUCCUGUUUCCAUAAUGGAGUGGUUCAUGAACUUUUAUGGUGAUACUAAGAGUUGGAAGAAGAAACCUAUUGAGUGUAUAUGCAAAGCCGGGGAGGUGAUGUUUGUACCUAAUGGAUGGUGGCAUCUGGUGAUUAACUUGGAGGAAUCAAUUGCCAUUACUCAGAAUUACGUUAGCAGGAGGAAUUUGUUGAAUGUAUUGGAAUUUCUGAAGAAACCGAAUGCGAAAGAGCUAGUCUCCGGAACAACUGACAGAGAGAAUUUGCAUGAAAAAUUCAAGAAGGCCAUCGAAAGAGUGUACCCCGGGACUAUCGAGGAUUUAGAGAAGAAAGCCAAAGAAGAGAAAAGAGCUGAAGAACAAAAAGUUACUUUCUGGGACUCUGUAUCAGAUUCCAAAGCUGGUGCUUUCAAGUUCUCUUUCUAA